CGUCACCCUCUCAACAAGUACCUUCUACGUAACAGUCAUACACAUUCUCCAUCUUUAUAUACAUCACACUACUCAGUUCUUAAAGGGACAAAAAGGCAGCAAAAUGGGCACUUCUAAUCCUAACAUGCUGCUAAAUUAUGUUCCAGUGUAUGUCAUGCUCCCACUAGGAGUUGUGAAUGUGAAUGAUGUGUUUGAAGACCCAGAAGGCCUAAAGAAACAACUAUUGCAGCUAAAGGAAGCAGGCGUUGAUGGCGUGAUGGUUGAUGUGUGGUGGGGGAUCAUAGAACUGAACGGUCCAAAACAAUAUGAUUGGGGCACAUAUAGGAGCUUGUUCAAGCUGGUUCAAGAAUGUGGCCUGAAACUGCAGGCAAUAAUGUCAUUCCAUCAAUGUGGAGGGAAUGUAGGAGAUAUUGUCAAUAUCCCAAUUCCAAAAUGGGUGCUUGACAUUGGAGAUUCGGAUCCUGAUAUCUUUUACACCAAUAGAUCAGGUAACAGGAACAUAGAGUAUCUCACUAUUGGUGUAGAUAACCUCCCUCUUUUCCAUGGUAGAACAGCCAUCCAGAUAUACAGUGAUUACAUGAAGAGUUUCAAGGAAAACAUGUCAGAUUUUAUAGAAUCUGGACUAAUUAUAGACAUUGAAGUUGGGCUUGGACCAGCAGGAGAGCUUAGAUUCCCUUCUUAUCCACAAAGUCAAGGAUGGGAAUUUCCUGGUAUUGGGGAGUUUCAGUGCUAUGACAAAUAUUUGAAGGCAGAGUUUAAAGCUGCUGCAGCUAAAGCUGGCCAUGCUGAAUGGGAACUGCCAGAUGAUGCAGGGUCUUACAAUGAUGUACCAGAAUCUACUGAGUUCUUCAAAUCAAAUGGAACAUACCUCACUGAAAAAGGGAAGUUCUUCUUAACUUGGUAUUCCAACAAAUUGCUGAUCCAUGGUGAUCAGAUCCUAGAGGAAGCCACCAAAGCUUUCCAGGGCUGCAAUGUCACGAUAGCAAUUAAAGUCUCUGGAAUUCAUUGGUGGUACAAAUCUGAAAGUCAUGCUGCUGAGCUCACUGCUGGAUAUUACAACCUUCAAGAUAGAGAUGGGUACCGUCCUAUUGCAAGGAUGCUGACUCGUCAUCAUCUGAUAUCAAAUGUAAAAAACAUGUGUAGCUGUGUUCAAAUUGACAUGAAUAUCUCUGCACAGGUAUUGAGUGGAGGUUGGAGAGAAAAAAUUGAAGUUGCUGGUGAAAAUGCACUGCCAAGGUAUGAUGCUGCAGCUUACAACCAAAUGAUACUGAAUGCUAGACCAAACGGUGUCAACAAAAAUGGCCCCCCAAAACUAAGCAUGUAUGGGAUAACGUAUCUCCGUCUUUCGGAUGAACUACUGCAAAAAUCAAAUUUUGCUAUAUUCAAAAAAUUCGUGCUAAAGAUGCAUGCAGAUCAGGAUUAUGUUGAAGAUCCUAACCAGUAUAAUCAUGUCAUAAUUCCACUGAAGCCAUCAGGACCGAAAAUUCCCCUUGAGAAAAUUCUUGAAGCAACCAAACCAAUACCGCCAUUCCCCUGGGACUCAGAGACAGACAUGAAAGUUGAUGGCUGAACUAAAUAUUUAAGAUAUGAUCACAAAAAUCAGAUGGAACUAGAAUUAGUUAUGAUAAUGAAUAAAGCAGCUGUUGAGCUGCAUAUGCAACGCUAAUAAUAUGGUGAUGCAAGAAUGUAGCAAUGUCUAUGCCUUUAGACAUAUAUACCGUGUGUACUUGUAUUGUAUGAGUUAUUUUGAAUCUAUGAAUCUAAUAAACUAUUUUGCCA